UGUUGCAUUAAAAAUUAAAUACUAUGUAUUUUUGUUGUUUUCGUCCGUACGUAGUCAACUAAACAAUUAACUUAAGUUCAUAGGCAACAGCGAGGAUUGAAAACUUCCAUAAUAUAUGCAGAUAAUUCAAUAACGAUUUUUAAAUGUUUUUACGUUAAUGUUAUUUUUAUUACUUGUGUAAUAAAAUUGUUUUCUAAAUACGUGUCGAUUAUUAAGACGAAUGAAGUACAAAAAUAUUAAAACAUGGAAACUAUUCGAACUCACCUGUCUAGAGAAAUGUCUCACACAGUGACAGUUACCCGAACCACAACAUCUACCACGUCCGCUAUAAUCCUGAACACGGGUUACGUGAAAUCCAUACCCGGGUUAUUGAAAUUAGCUGAAGUCAUUUUAGGUGGUAUUAUUUUGGGACUGUUGAUUUACAAUAAAGAUACUUUAUGUAACUGCUGGGUAUAUGGCGCAAACCACUCCAACCUUUUCUUUUUAGGAAUAGUGUGUACAUUUUUCUUAACAAGUCUGUUAUUACUGAUUUCUUGUCUGCUAUCUAUUUCCACUGGACCUAUCAUAUCAAAAACUAAUUUUGAGUUCAUUUACCAUGGUGCUGGAUUUAUAUUUUUGUUAAUAGCAUCUAUAUUCCUAUUACUCGAUGCGAAUCAAAAUGACAAUCGGGCCAAUCACAAUCACUUUGUUAUUGUUUCGAUUUUGGGACUAGUAAUGGCAGCCUUUUAUUUGUUGAGUUCAAUCUGGGGCUACCGUUCAUAUAGAGGCCCAUAAGCAACAUAUUAAAUAUUUCAUAUACAAGGAGCAUAGCCACACGGACAAAUAGAAAACAGUGUGCAGAUUAAUAAAGAAUUUAAAUCAGCUUAAAUACAUAAUUUAUUAUAUUAUAA